UAAAGCAGCAAGCAACAUUCUCGUGUCGGUGGUGUAUGUACUUCGCCGCCUUGGGUAAGAUUAAAGGCUGCUAUAUAGUGUAUUUUCGAUGUUUCCCGAAUACAUUUACAUUGGGAACGACGUCCGAGAACGGGUGGUCGACUAAUGCAGUGUGGUUGACAAAUUCUACAUUGUGUGCUGUGCCUUAGAUGCCAUGGACAGGAACGGCGCGGCGAAACUCUUUGUGGGUAACCUUUCCUUGGACAUCUCCCAAGAGGACCUGAUGACAUUGUUUGCUCCUUAUGGCCAAGUUGUAGGAUGUAGUCUUCUGAGGCAGUUUGCCUUUGUGCACCUGCAGGGAGACACAGAACGCGCUAUACGCGAUUUGAACGGCCGAGAUUUCAAAGGUCGAAACCUAGUGGUGGAGGAGUCCCGCAUGAGACCCAUGAACUCAACCCGGGUGUUUGUGGGCAACCUGAGCGCCCAGUGCACAGCGGAAGACCUGCACGAACUCUUCCAGACCUUUGGCAGAGUGAUAGAAUGUGACAAAGUCAAAGCCAGGCUGUCGUCGUCUGCAGGCUACGCCUUUGUGCACAUGGAGCGCAAGGAGGACGCGCAGACCGCCAUCGAGGCCCUGAACGGCACCACCUUCAAGGGGCGGCCCCUCUCCGUGGAGCUCUCCAAGAUCCAGCCUAGCAAGCCCGUGACCGUGACCUGUACCAUCCCCUGCGUCACCUGUGGCAAGCUGGGCCACUACGCGGGCGACUGCCCGGCGGGGAAGGCCUCCAAGGAGCACCACCAGAGCCAGGCUGCGGUGCUGGCAGCAGCAGCCGCCGCUGCAGCGGGCCUCCCCCUACAGGUGCAGCAGAGCGUGCACAACUCCUUCUACAACACCACCAGCUUCGACCCGACCCUCACGGCCCUCAAGAACCUGACCACCCAGACCACGGACGGGCAGCCGGUGACGGCGGCGAUUUACGGCGCACUGGCUAGCCAGGUGUACGGCUCAGUGGCCAACCAGGUGCUGGUGGAGAACGAUGGCCCUGACGGCCAUUAUAAUGGUAGGAACGGCAGGAACCCGGCAGUGGGCCAGACUCCCGGCUCGGGGGCGGCGCACAACAACCCGGCCUACAGUGCCAACCCCGCCCUCAACAACGCCGCCAUGGGCCACCCGUCCGAUUCCCAGGCGCAGGCCAUCUUUGAGGCGGCCCGCGCACGCUUCUUCGAGCAGGGGCAGCAGGUGCUGGCGGAACAGCAGGCGUUGGGCGGUCGGCCCCCUGAGAGGGAGAGGGAGAGGGAUCGGAGCCGUAGUCCCGUGAGGCGGAACACUCCGCUCCUGCCCGACCCUGUUCCGAAGCCCUACGGCGGCGCCCCUCCCCAGCAGGCACAGAGGGGGGGAAUGGCGGCGGGUGGGCCAAGGAAGGCUCUGCUCCCCACACCACCAGGGGGGCCAGAGGAAGCGCCGUGUGUUGAUGAGGAUCCCAUUACUAGAUGCUAUGCUGAGUACUAUCAACAGUGCCAGCAGUACCAACAGUAUCAGCAGUACGCGAUGUACAACCAGUACCAGCAGUACGCAUACCAGCCGCCACCACCUCCACCCCCAGGCCCUCCGCCAGCCUCAGCCAUGCCCCCUGUGCAGCAGCACCAGCAGCAGCCCAUGCCCAUGCCCCCCCAGCACCACCACCAACAACAACAGCAGCAGCAGCAGCAGCAGCCGCCGCCGAUGCCCCAACACCAUCAGCACCACCAACAACAGCAGCAGCAGCAGCAGCAGCAAAUGCCCCAGUACCAUCAGCAGCAGCAGCAGCAGCAGCAGCAGAUGCCCCCCCAGUACCAUCAGCAGCAGCAGCAGCAGCCCCACCAGCCCCAGCCGCCCAUGAUGAACCCGAUGGAGGGCCCCCCGGCGCACUACAUGGCAGCUGGCGGUCCCCACGCCGCCACACCAAGCUUGUAUGAGCCGCCUCCACCACCACCACCACCACCCUCACACAAGGAGCCCCUCCUCCAACACCACCACCAACAUCAUCAACAACAACAACAACACCUUUAUCAGCACCCACAGCACCAACAACACCAACACCGCCCUGAAAACCCUUACAUGCACACUCCAGAACCCCCUUACCGAUAAGUCACACAUACAGUACAGUACAGCUGGGGGUGAGUGAGUGAGUGAGUGAGUGAGUGAGUGAGUGCAUGGGAAGGGAAUGGAAGUGCUGGAUGCGUGUCACUGGUCCCAUUAAAAAGAGCAGUAAUGUAUCGCUUAGGUUGUUGAAAUAUCGGUAAUGACAUCCUGAAAGUCUUUAGAGAGUCCUCAGCAAGCUAAAAUGUUGGCGUGUGGAUAAAAUACUCUUGAAGUGCUUUCUAUUCGGAGCGACAGGCACAUUCAGUCUCAUGGGUUCAGUUCAGUCUCUUAAGAGCUGAAUUUGGUGUAAAUGAUAACUUUUGAUUUGUAAUAUCCAGAAGCAACGGUCAGAAAUCUCCCUUAUGUGUGCCUUCUUAAAUAACUUGCGGUGACACGGUUGUCUUAGCCCUUUGUCACCUCCACAGCCAAACAAACGGAUGUCAAGGGUGGACUCAGGGGAACAACAAAGUUCCGCUGCCUCCUGUUUAAUGUGUUCUAGAGUUCUGAUUUUGUUCCUCAGUGUAGACCUUUUUUAAUUUCUCAGUUUGAGUACCAAGGUUGAUGUUACUUUUAUUUUAGCGUGAUCUCUUCUGACCUAAAGGACCUGCGUGCGUGCGUGCGUGCGUGUAUGUAUGUAUGUAGAAGUGAGUGGUGUGAAUGAAGUGAGAUUGCUGACGGGGAUUAUGUAGAAAUGGCAUCCACAACCCUCUCAUCUUUGUCUAUUACCAGGAUAGGACCACACAAUACUGCAUACUAUAUAUAAAUAUAUGUACAGCUCAGCUUGUUUCUUUUUCACCCUUUACCAGGUUUGGAUCUGGCUUCCAGGGCGAGAGGUAGUCCACACACACACACACACACAAACACACACACACACACGCACACCGGUACACAUCACAAGCGCAUACACGCUCAAAAAAAAUCUUACUGCCAUAUUCACUGAAGCGUCUGUGUCCUACACAUAAACCGUGACCUUAGCUUCAGCCUCAGUCCUAGCACAUUCCCUUCUAACGUGUGCACAGUCCUCCACAACAAACUUAACCAAAACCUUUAAUUUUUCUGUGGCCGUUUGUAAAGGUGGGGGGCAAGUGUCACUAGAGGGGAUUGUUUGGACACAUCUGAAGCCUUGUGGGGGUGCGGACAGUCUGACUUGGUCAGGCAUGAUCCGUGUACAUAAGCGUUUCCCCCGCUCUUAGCUGUCUUCUGCAACACGUAAAAUGGAAGGGGAUGUAGCGUCAGUGGUUAAAUGCUUAGAACAUAGCUGUCAAUGCGUUAUCGUUGGUGAGCAGAAUGAAAUGAAUUCCUAUUUGUUUUUGUUUAUUUUAUUUCGUUUUCUUUUUUUUUGCUUUGUGUUUCAUUUUCCUUAAACCCACACCCUGAUCAAUGUCUGAAAGGAGCAGGUUGUUUUGAAAUUCAUGAUUUUAUUUCCCAUGCCAUUCUUCCUGAGUUUGGAAGGCCUUGCCACUGUCAUUUAUGUCCUGUUUUCAUUUUCGCUUUCAAUUUGACCACUUUAAAUGUGCACAGUGUCAUCUCAGAUGCAUAUGAAUGCUUUUGUUGCCUCCCAAAUAUAUUCGAUAAUAUAAACCGUGUUCAGCCCAUCAAGGCAGACACUGUAAAUGUCAGGGAUUUGUGUUUUAGAAUAAACAAGGUGCUUACUCAAUUGGCAUGCAUGUUGAGCCAGCUCUGGCAUACUAUUAAAAUAAUUAAAACCUCUUACUUUACCAUAAAACAUCAAGAGCAAGGUUAUUGUUUCCAGAACUAUGCGCUACAGAUAGGUUGACGGCAAGUCUCUUUUAGAUGAACUUGUCCAGUGAGUGUAGGAUUUGUACCUACGGCAGGUUUCCGUCUUUUUAGAUGGGACCUCUGUCACUUCUCGUAGGAAAGAGAGACUGUCAAGUCAUACUUGGUCAAUCUCUCUUUUGGACCUCAUCAGACGGGAAUGGCACUUGUCCAUAUGAGAAACCCAUCAAACUGAAAAAUCUUAGAAGACUAUAAAGAAAGAUCCAAGACGUUUUAUGGAGGGUGUGGUUGGCUGUGACGAAUGACGGAGACGAGCCUUCUUUUUAAAUCCCCUUUCUUAGUGUUAAUAGAUAUGUGCGUCUGAUGAGUGUGAAAAAUGAUCUAAAAGAGUCACUUAUUGUCUCCGUACCCAUUAUUUGGUAGUGCAAACCUCUCGUUACGAUAAGUCAACAAAUUUGCAACUUAAGGUGCAUGGGUUAAUUAAACGAAUCCUAAAGAAGACAAAGGUCCACAAGUAUGGUUUGACAGCUCUACUAUAACAAAUAUUUCUCAAACCCAUAGCCAGUCAGUCGCAUAUGAGCAUUUUUUCCCUUGUAACGAUGCAUGAAACCUGUCAUUAAAUGCAGACACAUUACCAGAACACAUCGGGUAUGGAGUUUAAGUAGGGUGUCUUGCUUUUUGUCUUGGUUUGUCUGUGAUGAGGUCGGGGAAUAGGCGGUGACGUUACUUAUGCACACAGCACCAGGCCUACACACACGCGUGAAAGCUGUAUGUCGCUGGCUGUGUCUGUGAUGUCUUGAUUCUGUAGUGCAUGACUGUUACUCUUACUGCUCUUCCAGCCACAUUCUCCCUUUUCGCUAACUACAGCUCUAAAAUGGCUGCCGAGCACCAUGGACGCCCAUGUUGAAACUGACCGGGGGGAAGAAAAUUAGAGUCGCACUGUGGCGCGCGCACGGACGCACAUCUCCUCCCCACCCACCCAAAAGGUAAAGCCCGCAGCCCCCCCAAACCACGCCUGCACACUGACCACAUACCCUCUCCCCCCCUUAUUGAUCCCAAACUCCCUCCUGUUGGAAGGCUAUGCCUACUGAGGCAAGCCCGCUUUAUGUUUGCAGAGCUGUUCCACAGGGCUGGAGGGCCAAGACAAAACUGCCACAGAAACUUCCUUCCUCCCACCACACAAGGACCCCCUGAGAGGUGCGUAAGCCCGCCACACAUACAUCAAGCUAUGUAGUCGGCUGUGCCUCAAGAAAAACAAAAACAAAAUUACCACCACGCCCACCACCCUAGUGGGAUUGCUUACCAUGGCAACCUUGGAUGACUGUCAAGGUUCCGAUACCUAUUGGUGUCCAUUAGGCAUAUACUGUACACGCACAGUGUCUAAUCCUACCGUGACAUGAGCAAGGUUUUUAAGGCUUGCAACAAUAGCAAGCAACAAAACAAAUAUUGUUAAGCGAGAUCUCAUUUUAAAAUUUGUAUACAAGUUAUAAUCGAUCUAUCUUUUGUAAUUGGGCAUUUGUACCCAGGUGUAGUGUGAAUUACCUUCUACCGUAAGUGGCUGAAAUUGCAAGCACUUCAUGCAAGCACUGUUGUUGUUGUUGCUGUCUUGUUAGCUAAGACCGACCCUAAAGAACGGAAGACAAUGGAGAGCACAUAUAGAUGUGGAAAUGCAGGAAUUGUUGCAUUGGCAUUUGUUGUGUGGCAUUUGGUGUUUUCUGAAGUGUUUCAGUAAGGUGAGCGACCAGACGUGCACUCAAAAGUGAGACGCAGCAGCUGCCGCCGCUCUGUGACACUGAAACGGAGCGCACUGGCUCUAUGGACUCAAAGGGGUGGUCAGCAAAAACACGAGAAAAAAACAGGUAGGGCCUUGCACCGUCAGCCCACAAAACACCUCACCGCACCACACCGCACCAUACCACACCACACUUGUACCAUAGAUCAUUCCACCCUCUCUCAUUCCUUUGAACCUAAGCCAAACUUCAGAUUCCCAACCCUGUACCCACUUACAACAAGCCCAGGCCCCACUCCUCUAUGUCCCAAAGCAGUGUCCAACACAACGCAACACACGCCCAAACCUGACUCUUCAGGAGAUUGUAAGAUGCUGUGAUGAUCACAAUGCUUCAAGAAAAGUAAAUGAAUAUAAAUAAAAGUAAGUAAAUGGAUCCACUCAUAUCCGGUGUGCAGUACUAGCACCACAGCUCCCCUACCCGUCUCAUGACGGGGCAUCGUGAUAUGAAUGACAAAAAGUGAGUUGGUCCAAUGGACCCCAUUGAGAGGCUUCUUUUUAUUGCUUUCUCUUGUGUUCUGUUUGAGCUGUAGAGUUGGAUCAGUUCACAUUUUGUGUAUUAUUAAGAACACAUGAAUUUCACAUUUUUUUAAUUAUUGGAGAAAGGCUCAGUUGUGAAAAUUUGUACGGUUAAGAGCAAGAUGGCAACAUAUUCAAGCGUCCAGCUCACUUUCCCUAUCCCUUUCUCUUUUGAUGAACAUUUUUAUGUAAGGGUAUUUCAGUGUAUUUCUGGUGAAAUAGGCUCCUCUUAAGCUUUGGGUAGCCUUAACACUUUGUAAUAUUUGUUCUUUGUAAGACUCAAUAAACAAUACAGAAAGAA